AUGGCCGCACCGGCCUCGUCUGGAACGUCACCAAGCGCGCAGUUGGUGUCGAAGUGAACAAGCAGGUUAGGAACAAGAUCCUAAAAAAGAGGCUUCAUGUCCGCAUAGAGCAUGUUCAAGCAUCCAGGUGUAAUGAGGAGUUUAAGCAGAGGGUGAAAGAAAAUGACCGGCUCAAGGCCGAGGCAAAGGCUAAAGGUGUGGUUAUCAGUACAAAGAGGCAGCCCAAAGGCCCCCAACCCGGAUUUAUGGUAGAAGGUGCUACCUUGGAGACUGUCACACCCAUUCCUUAUGAUGUUGUCAAUGAUCUCAAGGGUGGUUACUAAGUUUUUGUGUUAUUUUAUGGCAAGGUGUUGUUUUUAUUUCACUUUUUAAAUAGCUUUACUCAUCAGAGAUUAUGUUAUUUUCUUCUUGUCACUUGCUUAUCAUUUUGAAAUUUUGUGACCACAAUGUAAUGUGUGGGAGAACUUAUUUGCCAAGAGUUUUCUUCUAUGGAACUUGAUGAUAUUACUACUCAAGCUUAUGAUCUUUUUAAUUUUUAUUGUGCCUUCUUUUUUUGCUAAUCUAUAUAGAUAAAUUGGGAAUUUGAUCUGAUUGCUCAAAAGCUAUUGAGCUUCAUCU